CCUCCACAGAAGCGAGUCGUUGUGACUGUUCCGUUUUCUGUCAUCGAGCAGCAGAACUACACCACACUGUUCAAUAAGAUGUGUGAAGAGGUGGGGCUGAAUCAGUACGGCGUACCCAGCUUUGAUGAUUGGAAUCCUGAUGAUCCUGCAACUGUCGAGACUAUGCGCUCCUGGCUUGUCCGGCUACGCCAGACCUGUCUGCAUCCUCAAGUCGGUGUGAGAAAUCGACAGGGUCUCGGACGUAAUAAAGCUCCGCUGCGAACUGUGGCAGAGGUCCUGGAGCUCAUGAUCGAGCAGAAUGGGCUCGCUCUACGGAUGGAAGAACGAGCCCGUGCACAGGCGAUACUACGGCGGGGCCACAUACUGGGCAACAACCGAGAAGAUGACCACAGAGCCGAAAAGGCCUGCGAGGUCUAUCGCUUAGCAAUGUCAGCAAGCGAACAGAUGGUGGAGGAUGCACGCCAGAAACUGGCUGCUGCAGAAGCGACGGAUCCUAGGUCUGCUCUCCUCUCUGACGACAAUGGCAGCGAAGACUCGUCGUCUGACUCCAUGCCUUUGCUCGGUCGCUUGCGGUCCAACUUGAGGCUCGCGCUGCAAUUGAUGCAUCAGUGCAGUUUCUUUCUGGCAACUGCCCACUACCAGAUCAAGACCAACAAGGCCUUGACGGCCGAAGGCUCCGAGAGUUUCCAACAGCUGGAGGCAGAGGAAGCCAGGCUGUACGAAACCGCCAAAUUGGCGCGCAAAGAGAUCCUCAAGGACACACAUCGCAAAGCCGACGCCCUCAUGGUCCAAGUAAAAGCAAUACCUUCCAAAGGCAAUGCGUUCACCAAGCUCAAAGAUCUCCCGUCGUUCGGCGGAAUCGAGAGCAGACGCAUUGCCGAGAAGAGUGACAGCUUGUUUGAAGUCAUGCGGGAGUCGGUGGGAAUGAUUAAAGAGUGGCGCUCAAAGAUUGCAGAGUUUCUGUUGCAGCCAUUGGUCGACGAAGACCAUGGAAUCGAGACCACUGGCGAUGAAUACGAAGACUCCACGAAAGUACAAGAGGAGCUCUAUACGUACAUCGAUGCCUUGAAGGCCAUCCAUGCGGACCUCAACUUUUUGGUGGCGGGUGAGACUUCCCCCCUGAUCGAUCACGAGAUUAAGACGCAACUCAAAGGCGCCAUCUUCAAUUUGGACCCAGAAAAUGCAGAGACGGAAUGGUUCCAGAGCGUCAUUGGACGCGAAAAGAUCGUAGUCAAACUUUUCAGCAGCAGGAUGAAGGUCAGAGACCGACAAAACGAAGUAGGCUCUGUCCGCGGCUUGAUACAAGAAGCUCGCACCCUCGAGUCGUCUCUGGACGGAAAGUCUUCAGGCCGCACCGAGACCGAGCUGAGUCUGGUCAAGCAGCACAUUACGCAUCUGCAGGCCGUACAUACUUCCUACAGUAAGGCGGUGACAGCACUGGAGAAGGAAAUUGAGCUCUUCAGGAGCGCCCAGAAUCAGCGUCUCGACUUCUAUCGCCACUUGCAAGAGCUUUCCGACGACGUAUCGCCCUACAAAGAGGAGCUUGACGAAGAACUCGACCUCCAGGCUUUCGAUCUAUCUCUUGCUCGCGAGGAGGAGGCUACGGCGUCUGUAGCACAGCUACACACCAAAACUCGCUUUCUCAUCAGUCUGAGAAACGACAGCAGUGGCCAGUCUGGUCCAAGAACUUGCAGUAUAUGCAUUGCCGAAUUCGAGCGGGGUGUACUGACUGUGUGCGGACACCAUUUUUGCAAGGAUUGUCUGGCACAUUGGAUGUUGCAGCGUCCCAGUUGCCCCAUGUGCAAGCAUAGGUUGAGCAAAAACGACGUUCACGAGAUCACUUUCAAGCCUCGUGAGAUGCGAGCCCAGGAAGAGAUCCAGUCCGGAGAGUCGUCUACUUCUCGGUCGCCUGACAAGCCUUCAUCUGCGCGUCCUCAGCAAUCCAUUUACACAGAUGUUGAUUCGAAUCUGCUUGAGCAGAUCAACAAGAUCGAUCUGCCUGCAUCUUACGGUACCAAGAUUGACACGAUUGGACGCCACUUGCAUUGGAUCCGGCAAAAUGACCCAGGUACGAAGAGUGUUGUCUUUAGUCAAUAUCGCGAAUUCCUUGAUGUUCUCGCUACAGCCCUUUCGGCAUUCAAGAUCGGAUUCGCACGCCUCGGACGAAGUGGGUCAAUCGAGAGGUUCCGUAAAGAUGCGAGUGUGGAGUGUCUGCUCCUCGACGCGAAGACCGACUCAUCAGGGCUGACUCUCGUGAAUGCAACCCACGUCUUCAUCUGUGAGCCUCUGAUUCAGACGGCAGUGGAGUUGCAAGCUAUCGCUCGAGUGCACAGAAUCGGCCAGACACGCGCCACGACUGUGUGGAUGUAUUUGAUCAAUGACACCGUGGAGGAAGCCAUCUACGAGAUUUCCGUGGCACGUCGCUUGGCACACGUCCAAUCACGACAGCAGCAAAGUCGACAUGGCCAGAAGAGCAGAGCCGGAACACCCGCGGAACAGCUGACUGAACACGCAUUCGAUGCUGCAAACUCGGAUGAGCUCCAGUCUGCAGCCCUAUCGAAGCUCUUGGCCAAUGGCAAUAGUGGCGGUGAACUGGUCUCGAAUGAUGAUCUGUGGCAGUGCCUCUUCGGCAAAGCUAGUGGCAACAAGAUGGUUAUCGCUGAGCGGACUGCGAGUCGCCACCUGCGAGCAUCUGCCGCAGAAGCGAGAGCGACACUGGCACAGUAGCUAUGAUAAGCUACAUAUUAUCGGUGAGCUGGAUGGAAUGAAUACUGACAGCAUCCGGGAGUACUAUGGUCUCAGCCACAUGAGAAAAACGGAACGAAUGGGAAACUCACCCUCGACAUGGAGUGGGAGACAGACAUAGGUGAACAGUACACACGUG